AUGGAACUUCCUGUUAUUGAUCAUAUUGACUAUUCUGAUACAACCAUUGCCUCUAAAAUGCUCACAAUUGUUACUCAAUACUGGAAUAACUUUCAAGUUCCUCUUGAUAUUUCAAUAUUUGAUAAAUUAUCGAAUAACCAUGAUCCAGAGAUGUUUUCAAUAAUAAACAGAAUGUUGCAGCUUCUUGGUAUUAUCAUAAAACCAAAUGUAUAUUGUUUUUCACAAUUUCAAUCUGAAAUUAUGUUAUUAGAUUAUUUUAUGAACAAUUUCUCUUAUGUUUAUACAUUUGACAACUAUAAGAUCAAUGCUUUUAAGUGUAAUGACAAAAAUAAGGAAAGUAUUUUUUUGGUAUCCAAACAAACAUAUAUUCCUUUAGGAAACUCAAACCACGUAAUGAUCACUCAACAAUUGAAAGAGUUCAUUCAUUCAGAUAUCCCAAAAUCAAUAAAAUUAAUUUCAUUCGAUAUUGAUAGAGAAAAAGUUGUUCCAAACUAUGAGUAUUCAUUAGAUAUAAUUCGAAAAUUUACUGACACAAGUUCAAAACUAUUUAAAAUACAGAAAAACAUUGAAUAUACUUCAGAUCAAACGAAAAAACCAACAAUUUAUCUUGAAGACAAAAAUGCAAACGAAAUCAUCUUAAAGUUAGUUAUUCCACAGUUCUCUUUUGAUAAUUUUUUCAGUUGUAAGAUCAUUGAAUAUUUUCUUGAUCUUUUUCCAUCAGGACCAAUAUCAUUUAAAGAUACAAGUCAAGCUGAGGCAAAGAAAUCACAAAUUUCAGUUAAAACAGAAAUAAUUCAAAAUUCAAAUUUAUAUUUUUCUGAUUUAUUCAGUUUUUAUGAUUUUAUAGAGCGUAAUACAUAUAUUGAUCCAAGAUUUAAUAUCAAUUUCUCAGAAUAUGGAAUAUUAUUCAACACAACUCAAAUUCCUUUGAAAAUCAUUGGAUAUUUCUAUAAUAUCUGGAAGAAAGAAGUCAAAGACAAAAACAAAAUGACAAGUAUCUUAUUUGAACAACAUAAAACAGGAGAUUUCAUUAAAACAAUGAUAAUAAAUGAACAAAACUCAAACAAUGAAAUAAACGCAAUGAUUUCAAAAUGGUUUGAUAUAGUUGGAUCUGAAAAUGAAUGUUACUACAAUUAUAUUCAAUUUAUUGACAAAAUUGAAAAAUCCGACAUUGCAUUCAAAACAAAAUUGGAAGAAAAGUACAUAAAAAUGGCAGAUAAACUCAAAGAUGACGAUUUUAUCUGUGAACUCUUUGCAAGAAGAUACAAUUUUCUGACAAAUAAAAAUUCAAUUCAUAAUUCAAUAUCUAUUCAAUCAAUUAUGCUUUUACCUAACUAUACAAUAGAAAUAACUCUCAAACAACCAGAAAAAUCCAUUAAAAAUCGAAAAUAUUUUCCACAAAUCAGAAAUGAGUUGGUAAAUUUACAAAUUGGUCACAAGAAACAUAUAGAUUACUUGCCGCAAAUGAAUUUCAGAGGUUUUUCUGUUUAUAAAGCAAACGACGGAUAUUUAGUUGUUUCUCAAAUGGAUGAUGACUCAAGUUAUGACUACAAUGAUACAGAAUUGAACUCCAGAGUCAUUACAAUGUUCGUUCGAUCUAAUGUUGACGAAAUAUUACCUCCAAGAAUGAAUUUUGGAAGACAAAAUUUGACAGUUUUUGCCAAAUCAAAAUUUCAAAACGAAAUUACUGAUUAUUCAUUCGAAUUUGAUGGGAAAGACAAUGUUAUUUUUCUGAUAAUGAAUGAUCAUAAAGUGAAGAGCUACUUGUUGUACUCAAACUAUUUGAUAAAUCUUGGAAAUACUUCAAUAAAAAUGGAAAACAAAAAAAUUGAAAAAUCAAAUGAAAAAUUUAUAAAUUUCCAUGAACUAAUAGACAGAAUAACAAGAUUAUCAAAGUUCAGAAACUAUGCAGCUGAACACAAUAACGAGUUACUGAAGAAUCAUGAAAUAACUAAACUAUUUUUGAAAAAUGAUGAAAUUGAUUUUGAAAAUUUACAAAAAGUGACAGAUUUACAAAAUCAGUCAAAUUUACAAGAUUUUUUAGAGAAAAUAGAUGAAAAAACAACUCAUCAAAAUCAAUGUGCAUUGAAAGGAGAAAAGAUAUUCUAUGAAUUAUUUAAUGGAACUCAAUUUUGGUUCAAUUUGGAAGAUUUUAUUUUCCAAGACAUUCCUUACGAACAGUUCAUUUUUGAUGUCAAGAAAAAGUUUCCGAAAAUGAUUUUGACAAGAUAUUUUUGUGAAGAAAAGUCGUCUCCUGUCACUUUUGUUGAUUUACAAGGCAAGAGAAUUGAAAUUGAAGGAUUUAAAACAAUAGAUAAAUUGGAAUCAUCAGUAUCUAUAUCAUGCAAACAAGAGGAAUUAGAUAAAAUUGGAAACAUCGAAAAUAAGAUUUUGAUGAGGAUUUCUGUGCAAAAUUCGAACUCAAAACGUGUUGUUUCUUAUUCUAUAUUUUCUGCUUUGGCUUCUGCUCCUAUUGUUGUGUUUGAUUUCUUCGAUUCAAAUAUGUUUUUGGAAGGUUUUGAGGAAUUUGUCAAAAAAUUCAACGAUUAUUGUAAAGUAUUGAAUAUUUAUCAAAAUUUUACAAAUAAAAUUAAAGAAUGGAGGCAAUCACCACCACAUAUCUUCUUCAGAGGCGAAAUAAUGAAUAAGAGAUUCUUUAUUAGCAAAUUGAAACAUAUUGCAAAAGAUAAUGAAUUGAUUCUUUAUUUAAUUUCUCAUUGCCACUUUUUGGAAAAGAAUUCACAGUUAACUUACAAAGAUUUCCCUGUAUCCUAUACACCAACAAAGUAUGCAAUCAAAUCAAUGAUAGAUUCUGGAUCUUCUUAUGCUUGUUUGAAUCAUUUUAAUAUCUAA